CUUAUUAGCUAGCAAUAAGCUACCUGUAUCUCAAUGUCAGGGAGCGUCAAAAGGCGUGGUCCCGCAUGGUAUCGUUGUGUACCUGAAAACCCGGCUGACCAGCCACCAGAGGUACGUAUAUAAAGCCCAAAUCGAACACUGGAAUCAUAACACAUUCGACAAUUAUAGCGAGUACUGGUGUACCAGCAGCGCUAAAUUAUCAACCAACAUGAAAUUCUUCAUCGCUUUCUCCGCUCUCGUGGCCUUGGCCGCAGCUAAACCCCACGGUGCUCUUCUGGCGCCCGCGGUGGCCUACGCUCACGUACUUCCUGGCGCUCCGAUCGGCGUUGACGGCCGCGUGGUGGACACCCCGGAGGUGGCUCACGCCAAAGCCGAACACGCCGCGGCGCACAUCAACGAGAAAGUCACCCUCGCCAACGAGGCCGUAAAGUCUGCCGAUCACGUCGUCGUUCACGGAGGUGCUCCAGCGGUGAUUUCCGCUUAUUCUGCCGUCCCAGCGGUCGUCUCGGCUUACUCCGCACCCCUGGUUCACGCUCGUCUCGUACCGGGAGCACCGAUCGGCGUCGACGGGCGCGUCGUCGACACCCCCGAGGUCGCCGUCGCCAAGGCCGAACACGCCGCCGCUCACAUCAACGAGAAAGUCACCCUCGCCAACGAAGCGGUGAAGAACCACGCCGCCUACUCAACCCACAACGUUGUUUCCGCUUACUCCGCGGUCGCACCAGCUGUACUUCCGCUCGCCGCCGCCGUCUCCGCGUAUUCUCCAGCUGUGGUACCGGCAAUUUCCAGUUAUUCCGCUUACUCAGUCCCCCAUGCUGUAUCCGCAUACUCGAGCCUCGCUCAUCCCGCUGCUGUUUCUGUCUGGUAAUCGGUUGAUUCGAUACGGUUCAAACCUCUGGAUAUUUCGCACUCUGUUUCAUCGUUCACCUGAAAUUUAUACUUGUUAAUAUUUGAUGCAAUAAAUACCAUAACUCCGAAAA